UGGCUGCUGCUUUCGAAUACAAUCGAUACAGGCAUCCCGUUAACGCAGUAAGUGUUCUGUCGUCCUAUACAGUUGUUGCGCAAAAAUUUCGCAAAUUUAUGUGUCUUGAGUCAUUCAUCCGAAUUAACAAAAACUAAAAUAAAAUAAAAUAAAAUGAAACAAAGCCGAAGGAAACCCCUCCGGGGCACCAACUGAAAUAUCGAAAAGCCGUGCGACUCGUUCGAUUAAUCGUGCAAUUUACUUUGUCCGGUCGAUUUAGCUCCAUGAGUCGUAUUGGCUCCAUUGUAUGGUAUCGCAAACUUUCAGCAGCAUACUGACGACUACUGACCGACGAAAGCGACUUCCUUGUUUUUGGAGGUGCCCGCCUGGACGUUGCUGGAUGUAAUAUUAUUAUUACCUCAUCAUUUCUUGUCAUGUUAAUUAAUGUGCCGUGAAGUAUGUGAGCCCGAAAUUAAGUGGUAAAUUCCUUACUCGUCGUCACGGCAUGCAUUUGUCGUUCUUAUUACUAAACUUCGACGUAACUUCCUUUAUCUGGAUCCUUUAUAAAGCGCUUGCUUUAUUUGGACCGUGUCCUUGUACUCAAAAUGUCCUCGUACUAUCCAAGUAGUCCGUAUCCAAGCGCUUGACCAGGCAGGGAGUGUCCUGUCGUUAGGUAGUGUGUGUUGUUAGGACUACCUUUGCCUAGCUAUAAGACUGAUCGAAGACUUCAUGAGCUAUUAGACAUCACCACCAUGACCAAUUAGAUAUCAUUGAACGUUUAUUGUUCGCCUCAUCUUGUUCCCUAUAUUACACGAAAAUACGAAUUUCUACAGGAAACUCCAAAAUGGCGCUCAGCAGCUUAUCGAUCUUUUAAGUUAAUACAUUACUUUUUUUAAGCGAGCGGAGUAUUAAGCGAUGAAAUGCAUACUCAUUUAUUCAAUUUUCCCCCCCUAGUACAUGUCUUAAAACAUGUGUUCCUACGGCAGUGGAUCUAGAAUUACUCCUUAAAGGAAGACUCCGCAAAAAAAUCACCAUAAAGGCUAUGGAAUAUCCCUAACCUUUGGGAUGCUAUGGGUGUGCGGGGCCUGAGGCAAAGGCACAUCGCGGGGCCUGUUUCACACGGUGAAGUGCAUAUUCGAUAUUUAAAAAAAAAAGUAAUCCCUGGUUGAGGGCGUCGUGCGCGGGGCCUUUGCAAGCGCGGGGCCCAAGGCAGUCGCCUUACUCGCCCCCCCCCCCCCCCCCCUAUCGCCGACCCUGGAAGCGAGAGGGCACUGACAGCAACACAAUGCUGGCAUCAUCCGGCAUCCGGCAAGGGAGCAUGCAGCUUUCGAAGCAGACGACAACGGCAUCCUCCUCCGUACGAACCGCCGUAGUAUGGAGCUCUUCUGAUUUCGGUUUCGGUUUGCUAUUAUAAUCAUUUUACGAAUUGGUUGUCCUGAUGUCACACGAAUUAAUUACUCGCGCAAAAUAAAUGUGAAUGUUGUAUGCGGCGUCGAGGGGGUGGUUCGUGUUUGCCAUGAUGCUCAGCUUUUUAUUUCUUUCUUUUUUCUUUUUAGAAUCCUUGCGAGCCUCCCUUUAAGCUAAGAGCUUAUUGAGCUUAAGACCUCUCACUUAAAGAAGGUGCCUCCGGUUAUUUCCAAGACGUCUCACCUGUUACCGUGCUAGCGUGCUACGCGGAACCUAUGUUAUUUCACACCUCGUGUUUUUUGUUUUGUUUUGCAAUAAACCGAUAUCCCCCCCACCUGAAGGUAUUCACUGACGAAGUCCAAAUGAUCCAUAUGAUUCCCUUGCGAUGUAGCAGGGCGUAGCAAGCCGACAUAGGUCUGGCUGACCUCUCCUUGCGUGGACGCCACCUCCUGUUUAUUAAACUUAUAUAUACCCCCCCCCCCCCUGCGAUGUUUACAGACGAUCUUCACUUAACCAAACAUGCUGCUCGAAGAAGCUAUGGCGGAAGUGGGGGAGUUUGGCCUCUUCCAGUACCUGCUCAUCGGCUACCUGGUGGUGUUCGUGGCUCCGCUACGUGUUCUCCCACUUUUUACGCACAUUUUCACCUUUCUCGUGCCCCCUCAUCGGUGUCGCCUUCCAACGCACCUCAGUCUGCUGGAAUCGUCCAACUCUACUACCACUGAGUCACUGCUUGACCUGUACAUUCCACGCGAACCAGACGGUACUUUCAGUCAGUGCAGUAUGUACCUCCCCAAUACUACCAUGAUGGAAGAUCAAUGGAACAACUCGUUCACAACGACGACGUCUUGCUUAUACGGCUGGGAAUACGACUUCAGCAUAUUUUAUCCAACUAUUGUAUCGGAGAUGGACUGGGUAUGCGAGCAUUCCUGGAAAGCAUACGUGGCUAAUUCAGCUUUCUGGGUGGCAACAGCUGUCGGCGUCAUAAUCUCAGGAGAUCUCAGCGACAGGUUUGGACGUGUUCCUGUAAUGAUCGGAGUGAAUGUCUUAUGUGGAUCUGCCUGUCUGUACACCUAUUUUGUUCCGAACUUUGUACACUUCAUUGCCAGUCGUGUGCUCCUCGGUGUGGUGGUGCUGGCUAUUAGUAUUACGCCAUUCGUACUGGUUAUCGAGUACAUGGCUCCCGAGAAGAGGAUGAUUGUGUUGAGCGCCUUCCAGGUUUCCUACCCACUGGUGGGAGCAGCAUUUCCCUGGAUUGCCUAUGCAUUCGCCGACUGGAGAAAGCUCACACUGUUCGCCGCUAUACUCCCGUUAUCUGCUCCUCUCUUUUCAUGGUUUGUGCCCGAGUCGCUGCGGUGGUUGAUUUCCCGUGGCAAAGAGCAGAGGGCCAAGAAGAUAUUGAAGUACAUUGCCUGGGUCAACCGGCGUCCACUAUCGGACGAAUUCAUGCAGAAAUGCCAGUUCCCUCCUCCUACAGACUUCAACACGACAAAAGCAUCUGUGGUCGACCUGCUGAAAACUCCAAACAUGCGCAAGAACUUCAUCCUGUCUCUGAUUGUGUGGACUAUAGCCUGCCUGGUGUACACAGCGGGACAACUGUAUGCAGCCAACGCUACUAGCAACCCUUUCACCAUGACUACCGCUAUUAACAUCGUGGACAUCGUAGCCACGGCCACUGCCCUUCCCUUGGCUGACCGAUGGGGCAGGAGACCAACAAUGAUGAGCGCUUUCCUCAUCGCCGGCGUCGCUUACGUUUCUGCUGUUGCCAUACCCAAGCCGAGUGGUGCAUUUGCUGAAACAGCAGUGUUCAUGCUUGCCAGGCUAGCACUGACUAUGGCAUACAACGUGGGGUAUCUCUAUGCUGCAGAGAUUUACCCGACUGCUGCUCGUUCACAAGCUCUGUCUCUGCGACAAGCAUUCGGAUCAGUGGGAAAAUUUUUGAGCUCUCAAGUGACGCAACUGGCUAUGUACGGCAGCAGCAUUCCUUUGGUGUUGAUGGGUGGCAUGUCCUGCCUGUUGGCAGCACUCACAUUUCCUAUGCCGGAAACCCUUCAACAGCGUCUGCCAGAAAGUCUGGAAGAUGGAGAAGGGUUCACCAUAGGCCAGUACACGUGUUGCUUCGGAGGUUUACCGAAGCCCGACGAGUCUGUACCCGCCAGAAGGAGGACAUCGUCCGUUGUCUCGGCAGCAUCCGUUGUCAGCGCUCCUGACUGAAAACUGUUUUUAUGCAUUUGAAAUACGUCAGACGCGACACUCGACCACGUAAUAGUGCUUAGUGCAGUGUCACAGCCCAAGGGGAAGUAGUGCUAGAAGGAUACCAGAAGGAGUGGAGAAGCAGGAUAGAGCAAACACGACGAGGGAGCCUCACAAGAUGGCAUUUGAUGAAGCCAAGCUCAGCCAAUCGAAAGGAAAGAUGAAGGAGCACCAGCAGUGAGACAAGAACCAGACCAUCAGAGUUUCUGUCAAGGACGCUACAGUUUUAACAUAUCAGAUUUCCACCACGACAGACACUCACCCUCCUGAUAUUGUGGUUUAGAUAUUUCAAAUUCGCACUGACGCAGAGACAAUCACAAUCGAGAUGGAUGACAUAUAUCUGAAGCAAAUUACAAGCAGCUACUACGAUCAAUGAAACAUAGAAUAAUAAACAAUACCGGCCUGAAAGAAUUCAUGUUCUGAGGCUGGAACAACAUAGAAAGGACAUAUACAUACAAGGCCUCAAUUAUCUCAUUUCAACACCGGCCUGCAGAGCGCAUUGUUCCGUAUUACGAUUACAGCAGCUAAUGCAAAGGCACCAGCAGUCGGACUCGCUCGAGAAUCAUUGCUGGUGCCUUUUCAACUGCUAUUUAUCUCCACAAGGAUGUACAUGAAUUGUACAAAAUGACAUUUCGUUAACUGGAAUAUCGACACUGGGAAAUACAGCAUAACGCUUGUUCUAGGGACGCACCUUUAUAAUAUCUGCUGAAUAAUAUAUGAUAGCGAUAAUUAUAAAACAAUGUACGCAUUCAGCUGGUCUUGCUUGCAUGUUCUGACGUGCGAUUGCUAACUACACGAAACGCAGAAUAGGAAGUAAAAUGACAGACUUAGAAGGCACUUUACCUCGUGUAUCUUCUUUACAAGAGAAGGUUUCAACUCAUCAGAGCCGCAUUAAGUUCUAUCCGACAUCUCAGAUAUAAGGAGCCUAAGAGGGACAGCAUACCUUUCCGAGAACACGUUGAGAAGCAUCAUUAUGCAACACAGCCUCGAAGAUAUGCCGCUCAAAUAUCGUUCACUUCUGAUACGAACUUGAGCCUCUGAUAUAUCUGUAAAUAUAUACUCUGUAAAUGUAUACAUGUGCAAAUAUACACAAUUUAUAUGUAAAUGAAUUGUAAAUAAAAGUGAAUAUGUUUGCAGUCGCAUAAAA